UCAGUAGUGAUGACCUUCCCGAGCGCCUAUAAAACUCAAUUACAACAGUUCUUCGGCGCCUCCGCAGAAUUGCCAUAGGCCUAAUCGGUCUGGGCACCAUAAAAGACGCUUCGACAUGAUCCUGACUCACACGAUCCUUCCCCCGUUAUCCUAGUAAACAUGACCCGUUACACCAUCGAACAGGGUGACAUCGAAAUCGCGUAUGGUACCGACCGUGCGACAGGCUAUUUCCUCGCUGUCGUGGACAAGAGACUUAUGUGGAAGACAAGUGCCGAUGCCGCAAAUGAGGUUGCCAAGAAAAUCGAUGCUGGGGGCAAUGGCUCGUACCUUGAUCUGCACACUGGGGAGUCAGGAUUUGGAUUCCGCGUCAGCAAAGAGGUUAUCGCAGAGUUCAUGCAACGGUAUGGCGUGCCAGAGGAGAAACUGAAACUGGUGAGAGCCGGGAAAGGGAUCUGAAACGAGGAUAUGUUGAGAAUAAACAGAGAAUGUGUAUAUUACUACUAAGAUUUCUUGCGCGACUGGAUAUCUACCAAUGUGAAUGGCUUGUCUUUGUGUCCGCGCAUUGCCCAAUCUUUAACCCACUAUCGAUGCUCACUGCAAGAGAAUUUUUCUGGUGCAGCGUAGCGGCAUCCAGCUCACCUCCUUUUUUCUUGGCUACCGAUUUCUGGGUUCCUGACAGCGUUUAUUCCCUGCAGACAGAUUAGCUCUCCGUAGCGUCUUCUCGUACAUCAGUGUGGGUAUAUCCGUUUCUGAUCAAG